ACCGAGCGACCUAACAGGACAAUGAACAGCUGAGCACACACAAUAUGAAAAUAUACAAAAUAGAUUAUGAACGUAAAACUUGUGUUGGCUAUUGUGAUGUUACUGGUAUGCGUCAUACCAAGCGUCAUAUCUGCCACGUCAUUAAAGGGAAUCCUCAAGAGCAACUUCCUUGUCUGUGGUUUGCCAUUUUACAAACCUCUGCAAAGCGAUGGGAACCCAGCUACUGAGCUUUGAUUUGUAUUUGUGGCUACCAAAAGAAUACAACAAACUCUUGAGAAGAGCUGAAGAACUGACAAGGAACAUACUGUCAAGGCCUAACGAUUGGCCCAUGGACUCUAUCUACACCCUCAGUUUAAAAGCUAGUGGUCAAUUUGGCCCAAUCAAGUUUAUUAACACGUGUGUCCCUGACUCAUAUUUGGUUGCCUUAUAUAAUUGCUAUAUUAAAUAUGACUAUAUUGCAUCUCUUUUCAACUUUUUUGAAAAGCUGAGGGCACCUAUGGUCUUUUUACGAGCUGAAAUGUAUAAUGAGGCCAAAGCGUCUUGGUUAUUUUGGUCUCAAUUCAACAUCACUAAAGAUGCAUCUGAAAAAGACAAGUAUGUAACAGAUGCUUGGAGCGAGCCAGAAGACCAUUUACACAUGUUUAAUGACCUUCUAGUGAGCAACGACAAACUGAGCAAAUUUCAACAUCUUGGCAAUGUGCAUGCCCUGGGACUUGAGAAUCUGCAUCCUUUGCUCAUUCUAGUGGACAUACAUCAGGGAAUGGAUACAGCACCACUCCUACAUAUUGAAGAUGAUUAUUACAGGACCUAUGAACUCCAGUUUUUACUGAUGUCAAGGACAUCCUUCUCUACUCACAUGAUUGUUGGUUUAAACCUCUUUGAUCGAUGGGUUUUCUAUGAUAAUGAGGAUCCAUCCUAUGAGGAUUUUAACCUGGACUUUAAUGGAGACUUCAUUAUCCAUUUUGCUGGCUAUGUUAGAACACAGAAUGUGCAAUUCGGAGUAGCUGAAGAGGGAUGCUAUGGAGCUGUUCCUUUUAAUCAUUCCUUUGGCUUUCAAAAGGAACACAUCGACUGAGUUGUGAUCAAUCACAUCAGCAUUAAACACCGAGUCUCUGUCAGCUCACUAGUUCGGUAGUUAGGGCACUGAUCAGGACUGUCUCAGUCGCAAAAAUCUCAAUCUCAGAGCUGAUCUGAUUUGAUCUGCUGCACAACACUUAUCUCUCAUGUUUCCCCAAAGACAGUAUACAGAACAUUCAAUGAAACAGUGUCAUAUCUAUAUGCAAACCUGAAGCUUUCAGCUGUAUGGGCAGACAGAGAUGAUUUGCACAGAAAUAUGUCUCCUUUGUUUAAUACCAAGCAGCAGAGAUUAUUGACUGUUUUGAGAUUUUCACAGAGAAACCAUACAAUCUGACAGCAAUCUUUUGUAGAAUUGUAGUGUAGAAAUGUGCUGAUGUAUUGCACCUAGAAUACUAUAUAUAAUUUUAUAAUGUAAUUUUGUGCUGAUGCUUUAUCCAGUCUUGCAUGAACAAUAAAGCAUGCAUAAUUAAAUUUUUCAAAAUGUUGUUUAUUGUCUUCUUGUAAUCAACAUUUCAACAGCCAAAUGAAGUAUGCAAACCAAAUGUUGUACACACAGGAUGAUUUGUAGAUUUAUUUUAUUUUAUGUAAUCACAGGUAUAU